AAACUCCAGAUUCAUCCCAUCUUCUUCUCAACAAACUCUUCGCAAUGGCCCAAUCAGCACCCUCGGAUACUGCCCUCACGGCAUCCUACUCCUCUCCCGACAACGCUCCCUUUAGCGUCACCCAGUCUAUCCCCGCGCCGUCCACCCUCGAUGCGGCCGGUAAAUCCAAAUAUCUUGAAUCUCUACGCGCCUCUAUUGCCACGGCCCAAGACCAAAUCAACAAAGAGCUCACGACCCGCAUGGAGGAGGAUAAAGCUCGCGAAGAAGCUGCCGGCGCCGUGCAUGCUGUAGACGACGAAAAAGAAGAAGAAAACUACGGCGAGGAAGUCCAGGAAGAGGAUGAUUAAAUCGUUCUAUAUCACUCAAGAUGCUCGCAGAGACAUCAUACGAUUUAUAUAAAACAGCGCGCCUUAGAAUGUGUACAGAAGGGUAUAGCCACAUCAUACGAACAGAUAAAAGCCAACCCGGUUCAGCGACUCCAACGAAGAUGAAGAGCAGCAACCUAGCUAAGAGAACGAAAAAGAAAACCAAGAAAAUAUCCGACAAUGUGAGCGUCUAAAACCCUCUACUCCAGCUGGGCUUUCUCAAACCAUCCGCUUUGGAGCCCGUUGCUCUGCUCAAACAACCAUAAUGGACCACCGUGUUGUCUGUCAACACGGCUACCACGCUCCCGCCCAUUCGCAUCCCGCCAGCCAAUUUCUUGUGGCACACGACGCAAUGCCUCUCAUCUGUGAUGAUGACGUGGCGGUUCCUACCGCCCUGACCUCCAGGCUUGCCGUCUCCUAGCUGCAACUCAGCAG